UCGAUUUCCGAGAAAGAUUUAAUUGACGCAAUACAAAAAGUUAUUACGGGCUACAAGAAGUUCUCUGCGACGCCCAAAUAUCUGGUAUAUAACUAA